AUGGCCUACGUCUGCUCCAAUAUCAUACAGGCUGGCCCUGUCCGGCGGCGCGAAGCGCGUGUACAGUAUGCAGCCCAGAUCCGCUCCAACUUGACACACCAGCAGACUGAAUAUAGUGGCAGGCAAGACAUCGUCCCUCGAUAUGUCAAUACAACCUACACUCCCUCACGAACGACAUCAGAUUCUACUCCUUCAACUACCUCUACCGUAACAAUACCUCUGUCAGACGAUAGCUCUCUGAGCGCUACACCGCCAUCGAGGGUUGUCACGUCAGAUGAUGGGCAAGACAGUUCACAACCGAAAUCCGCGGAUGCAAAUGGGAAUAGUCAAGGAAUCGGCAUAGCGCCUGAGGGCGGGGCCACUGGUAACAGUCUGCCAGCAGAGUCUCCAGCUCCAGCGAGCAGGCAUGCUGCAUCACAGUCCAGCGAGUCGAGCCAGCCUGAGACUGGCACAAUGUCCACCUCGCAAAACUUGGCUGCCAGCAAGAGUGCUGUAGGAGCCGAUGCCGGCGCUAGCAGCAACAGUAAAAGCCAACUUAAUGACAACACGAAUAUUGGACAAGUUUCUACGCAAUUAGACAACACGCCAUCUACGAGUACGCAGGUCACACAAAUUCAAGAUUUCACGUCCACCCCGAGACUCCCUAGCCCAGCCAACAAAGUUAAUUCCGGGGAGCAGCAGAGUGAGAACUUUGCGAAACAGAAGUCUGUAAACCCAACCACGAGCAGUGGAGGUAUACCUUCUACAAGCGACAAUGGACAGGCAUCGGCGACUCGGAGCACCAGCACUCAAAAAUCUAGUUCGUUAUCCAGCGAUGAUGAUCAGGCAAUGCAGGCAUUUCAGAGUGCUCGGUCGAUAUCAACAACUGCAGCGGUUGCCACCAACGUCCAAAGUUCCGCUGCUCAGACGCCAUUUGCGUCUCCUAGUGCACAAGCAACGCAGACUGCUUCUGAGCCAGCCAUGUCAACAGCUGGUCCGAACUCUUUGAGCCUUGAGCAAAAACAAGCCGCUCAAAAUGCAGACCCUAGUGCUUCUGUUUUUGGCCAAGUUCCUGCUUCACUACUAGAAGAUCAUGCGCCAUCAUCUACCUCGUCUGAUGCAGCAUCACCGAGUCAGUCGAGUAUGCAAGCGAGCCCGCAAUACAACUAUCCAGACGCUAGCCUCGGAGGUGUUCAAGCAGCGAAGCAGUAUAACGAUGUCUUUCAGGGUCUCAAGCUGUUCUCGAAAUGUGAUCCAACUAAUGGACAGCAGAUUUCAGCCUGUGUUGUUGGACAACCUGCCAAGUGUGAACUUGAUGGUACCUAUAGCUUGAUUUCGUGCCCUCAAGGACAAUCGUGUUACGCAGUUCCCAAGAAAAACAACCAAGCUGGUGUCGAAGUUGGUUGUUUCGAACCCAGCUUCGCACACAGUCUUUUGUCCGGUGGAGGUGCUAGUGCUUCAGCCGAGACGGGUAAUGCACAACAAUCUCAGAAAAGUGUAGCCUCUUCAAUUAGUCCCGUGGCCCAAUCAUCACAAACAGCCACUGGAGCGCCUUCUCAAAGCAAUGCGGAGAAUUUGGAUCUCGUAAGCUCUAGCACAGCAAAUACCAACCAGGCGUCCUCAGUACCACAAGGGGCUGCUGCGGAUAAUGAAGUUUCUUCUUCAAGUGUAGAAAAUGUCAACACUCAGAGCUCAGGAGCCGGAUUUGGAGGAUUCCCUGAACCCUCCGUGGCUGGCGCUGGCAGUCAAACACCAACGACCUCAUCUGCGUCUCGUCCCUCUUCAGCCUCAAACGAGUUGUCUCAGCAAGGAGGUCAGAGCUCCAGGGGUCAGGCAAAGCAAGAAGAUGCCCAGCCAUCACCGUCGCCAAGUCCGUUCCCUAAACAACCAAGCCAGAGCUCACAAGGCCACCAGCAUGACAAGGGGCAGCAAGAUUCGAAUCAGAGCCAGAGCUCUUCGUCAAGCGAUUCAUCCAAGACGGACAAGAAGCCAUCUGACAGCGACAAUCCAGAUGAUGGAGUUCAGCUCUCAUUUCCCGGAGGAAAAGACAGCCCCAAGUCUGGACAAGAUUCUCCAUCGGCGGCGCAGAAAAAUGUGAAAGCUGAUGCUCUUCAAUCCCCUUCGCAGGCGUCAGCAACGCCAACAGUACCACUCAACAAGAAUGUUGCGGUCCCACAACCCACUCCAUCAAGCCCAUCCGACACACCCCAAGCCCCGAGCAUCACGGCAGCUCCACCAGCGGAUGCUGGAGUCAAGGGCUUCGUCACAGUUACAGUGACUGUUACAGCUACAAUACACGAUCAUAAUUAA